UUUGCUUUUUUUGUUGGGUAGAUAUAUAGUUCUUCACUUGACCCAUAAACCGAACAAGAUUUUUAGAUUUAGGGCAUUAUUCCUUUAAAAUUUUCUCCUUAAACCCUAGUCCUUUUCUUCUCCAAAUAUUUUUUGCUCUAUUUAACUUAUUCCCGGGUAUUUUCAUAUAAGUAGUUGCAACCUGAAGUUGUAACAAAGCAAUUUCACUUAUAUGCAUAAUAACAACACUUUUUUCUUUCUCUCUCUCUCUCUCUCUAUAUAUAUAUAUAAAUAUAUAUAUAUCUCGCUCUUUCUCUGUAUAUAUAUGUGUGUGGCUUUCUCUCUCCCUCUCUGUCAGAUUUAUUUAUGUUUCCUUUAUUCUCAGAUUUGAGAAUGAAAAAUGAGAACAGUAUGAAGAUGACGAGAUGAGUAGCUUAUCACUUAUCAGAGAGAGGAAGUUUUUUUACUAUUACAAAGUAAACAUGGAAACCGAAUCCGAGAAGAUGAGAUCAGAAACGGAGAAACAAUGGAGCCGAUAUUCAAAACGAAAUUGGUCAUUGCAAGACUUUGAGAUCGGAAAACCACUUGGCAAGGGAAAGUUCGGCCGAGUUUAUCUCGCCCGAGAAAUUAAGAGCAAAUACAUAGUAGCAUUGAAGAUUAUAUUCAAGGAGCAAAUGGAGAAGCAUUCGAUGCACAAUCAACUCAAGCGUGAAAUGGAAAUUCAGACCAGUCUUAGGCAUCCCAACGUUCUUCGACUCUAUGGCUGGUUUCACGAUUCUCAACGCAUCUUCUUAAUUCUCGAGUAUGCUCAUCGGGGCGAGCUCUAUGGGGAGCUUAGAAAAAAUGGCCAUUUCUCUGAAAACCAAGCCGCUACGUAUAUUUUAAGCCUUACACAAGCGCUGGCGUAUUGUCACCAGAAGCAUGUAAUUCAUAGAGAUAUAAAGCCAGAGAAUUUGUUGCUUGACCAUCAGGUACUGCCUACUCACAGUUUCAGUCAUUUGGAUUUAUAAUUUGGUAGUGUGCUU